CACAAGUUCUGCUGCAGCUCAUUCCUCCAUCCGACAGGAAGCUCCAGUCAAAGAUGCAGAGGUGCUUCGGGAUUUUUUGCGUGUCACUCAUCUUUUGCGCCACCCUGUCUGAGACCAUCGGGCUGGUCAUUGCGGCAAAGGAGAAGCGAGGCUGGACUCUGAACAGUGCUGGAUACCUGUUAGGUCCUCGUCGUAUUGAUCACCUAAUUCAGAUAAAGGAUUCUCCCAGUGCCAGAGGCAGAGACGAGCUGGUCACACAAUAUGGGAUAGAUGGACACAGGACUCUUGGAGAGAAGUCGGGUCUGGCUGGGAAGAGGGACAUGGGCCAGGAUGAGGACUUCAGAACAGAAGCCUGGAGAAUAGGAGAUGCAGACAUCAUCCACACCGUCAUCGACUUCCUGUCAUACCUCAAACUUAAAGAGAUGGGAGCCUUGGACAGCCUGCCUCCCUCUGUCACAUCAGACGAACUGACCUCUCCCUAACGUGUCCGUUUCCUCUCCGUUCACCUCCCUCUGUGUUUCUAAUAUCUGAGCUCCUGCUGCCCUGAAUGUCAAUGACUGUAUCUCCACUGAUGCUUCGAUUUUGUCACAAUAAAAAGAUCAGAUAUUCCCGUUCCCGGUGUGUAAAUACAUCUUUUAUCCUCUGAAGGCCAUUAAACAUCUGCUGACUGCUUGUGGAUGUAAGUCAUGAGGACUUCUGUUGUCUUCUCUCAUCUUGUUGUUGUCAGAUGGCAGAUAAUGGAGUGAAAUAAACAAAUGGCACCAGA